AAGUAACUUUAUAUACUUGCUUGGAUGCCGAUGCCGAUAUUGUACAGGGUAAACUUUUCAUGAUUGAUUAUGCUGGUAAACAAUUUCAUCUACAAAAUAUUCUGGUUCUUUGGGCUCAGGCUAAUCCAUAA